CCAAUCGGCAAAUACUCUUUGCUUCCACCUUCUCAGUGAGAACUUCUUUGCCUACAUGGUCUCAAGUAAGUUUCCAUAUAUCUUCAGUAAUUUUAAAAGUCGUAUUAUUCGUUAUCUUAUCCCGAAGACAUACACGACUACUCCGCUAAAUAAGUUGGGCCGGUAAUGGCUUCAGACAGCGACGACUUCCAGCAAAUGCUAAAACAGAUCGGUGGAAAAAGUAACAUUUAUUUAAUCAGUUCGGUGUGCGAAGCCGAUGGAGACGCUGGCUUGUUACAAGACUUUAUCGCUGAUAUGUUCAAUGAAAACCUACAUGAAGAAACGACCGACUGUGUUGGCAGUGGGAAUGGCGAAAUCAAAAUCCACACAACUCCCUCCCGGGAAGAAGCUGACCCGAUCAGUCCUGAUCAAUCACAAUCAGAACCAUCAAACCAUUCAUCGAUUCCUGCUCAUCGCUGCACCAAGAGCCACAAAUCAGAAGCGCUCAAGAAUAAAACCGUGACCUCCAGCAGAAAUCUCAGCGGAAAGCAGAGAUCUAUCAAAUGCUCCGUGAUAAUAUUCGUCUUCGGACACGAUUAUGUGUGUAAUAAAGCUAAUCAUUUGUGUUUACUGGAGAUCCUAAAGGACGUGAGAGCCCGAGUAAAGAGGAACGCGCACUUUCCGGCUCUGCUGGGACUUAUUCUCACAGACUGUAAUCGACCACAGAGCCCUGAAUCGGUGGAUUUACUAGAUCGAUUGAUACGAUCAGUGUUUAUCAGUCGCCCCCAAGAGGCCAUAUGGACUGGCCAUUACGUCACCAAGGCCCCGGAAGUGCUGCAAGAGAUCAAAAGAAACGUCUGUAAAGCAGUCAAGUCUUCACUGUCUGGAGAUAGCAGCCCUGACAGUAAAGGAAGUUUAUUCAAGACAAUUACAUGUUUACCAGGAUUAUUCAAAAAGGGCAACAGAGGACCGGCUGAGAUCACUUCCAGUAGGCAGCAAGCCAAUCCGCAGACAACUGAAGAAGGAAUUCCAUUGCAGAUGACGGCGAUGCCACGCUGACGCCAAGCUGGCCUUGCAAAUAGACAAAUAUGGCUGAGAAAAAAGCCCAAAACUGUUUGCCUGUGUUCGACACAGGUGAUAUGCUCUUGCACUACAACUCACUAUUAAGGAUUCAGGCAAAUCAGAAGCGAGGAUAACAGAAGGCUACUACAGUGUUUUUCAUGAUGUUUGAUUGACAUUGCAGAAGAAUAUCUAGUCACUAAAAUAUAACGUAAUGUUUGUUGGAAGUAAAAAUCAAAUGUGAGAAAUGCUUGACACUGUGACUGUAAUAUAGAGAAUAUAGAGAUUUUUAUAAUAAACAAUACAUUUUGUUGCACCAAAUAACCAUGUUCAAUUAGCAAAAAUAUGUGUUUACUUAUAUCAGUCAUUCUCUGCUUAAUUUUUUUGACUAAUGUAUAGGAAUACAAAAAUACCUUGACUUUCCUUGUUUGUGUAAUUAAUUGUUACAUAUUUGUCGAUGCACUGUGUGUCUUUCUUCCACAGAUGCAAUAAAACUGAAAUUAGCAAAU